GCAUGAGUGAUGAUAUUGUGGUGAUGGAAGAUGGUGAAAAGCAUGGUCUACCAGCAUUUCAGCGAUCACGUCAGAUCACAGACAUAUUUACAAAUGUGGAGAGCAUUCUUCCGAGCAUGGAUUUUUCAGACAAUGAGACUGAGGAUGAUGAUGACUCAGAAUCUGUUGAAGUUGUGACUCGGGAGUAUAAACCUGUCAUCACUCAUGUCUCCAACAAAAUUGAGGAAAUAGACAAGUCUGGUGAUAUCAACAUUGAAGAUGUCACCAUUUCGGAGGAGUUUGAAAGUGUCAAGAAUAUUCAUGAGCAAAAGGCCGAAAAAGAAAUUACGGAACUUAGUGUUCACAGCUUCAUUGACUCUCUUGUUUGCCAAAUCGCUGAACAACCACCCUCUAAAAAGGCUCCAGAUUACAAGUUGGAGAAUAACACAGAUCUAGAUCUCGAUCAACUUAUUGGUCUGUUGGAAAGCAGUCACGACAUAAAAAUUGAAGAAGCAGAACACGAUAGUGACGAAGAAAGUGACAGCAGCACCAGUACUAUCGUAAUGGACGAGCUAGCUAGGAUUGCUGAAACGUAUGAUGGACUGGACAACACGCCUGCCACCCCACGUGCAACCACUCCAAACAGCCGUUCCAGCACUCCUAACAACAAAGUAACAACACCUAACAACAAAAUAACAACACCUAACACCAACCCAACAACACCUAAAAACCAAGAUAAGAGUGAGCACGAAGCAAGAAGCUCCGUAUUGGCUGAUUUCUCUGAGAGUGCAGGAUCUCCAGAUAAGACUAAAAGAGAUACAGUACUAAUAGAUCUACGCCCCACUACACCUGAACCUACACUAAGACGAUCUUCCAGGAGGAUUGUUCCGCCGUAUUUGACGAAAAAGUUACAAAGAGCCCCUUCAAGUGACAGUGAUGACGAGACCGAAGACAUUGCUUGGGAAAGUAUGAGAAGAAACAUGAAGAGUACUUCAUUUUUUCCUUCUUCUAAAUCUUGUGGCACCGAUGAAAAGAUAGACUCUCCCUCGACUAAACCUACAAGUGUGUCAACUGGUGUUUCAACUCAAAGUUCUGGUGUUUCAACCCAAAGUACCGGAGUUUCAACUCAAAACACCGGAGUUUCAACUCAAAACACCGGAGUAUCAACUCAAAGUACCGGAGUUUCAACCCAAAGUUUUGGUACUUCAACUCAAAAUAGGAUUUCCCUAAACAGAAACUCCGGAAACAUCUCCACAACUGUCAACUCCAAUUUUAUUAUCCAGGAAAUGAACGGCUCAACAAGGGUUCUUAAAUCAUCAACAGAACUUAACACUACAACAGUUCAAACGAACGGAUCUGCAACUGGGCGAGCUACUUUCUCAGAUGAUCAAAGUAAUAAAGAAGACCUCCCAUCCAAUCUGAAAAGAACUGCUAGAACGAGAUCCAAAGAAGGAAAGAGACGUUUAAAAAGAACAUCAGACGAAACAAAUGAUCCAGAGAAGGCUUCAAACAAGAACAACACCGCUCACAUCAUAAACAAGAAGUGUGUCGCUUGGGCAGAUGUAGUUGACAAUAAUCAAGGUAACGAAAACGAAAUCGUCAAACAAAAGGAUAAUGCUCAAAACAAAACUCAAAAACAGAUCGAGGAUGAAAUAAUCGUAAAGAAGAAAAAAGAAGAAGGAGCGAUCUUGAAAUCACAGCGGUUGGAACAAAUGAGAGUAAGAGAAAAACGGGCUGAGUACCGGACGAGACUGGAAGAACAGAACCGAGACCGGUCAUCCACCCAGCUUAUCCUUGACAUAGAGGAGAGUUACAGUGAAAGAUUACACGAUGUGUCAGAAGACAUGUUGGAUAGCUGCACUGACCAACUACUGGUACUACAACUUAUGAUAGAUAACCAAGGAGAGUUAUCCUCGCUACCACCAGAAUACUACUCAUACUGUUACAAUGACAUACCAACAGUUAGCUACUACGGUACCGAGGGAGUUCUAACUUGGAUGCUUACCUCUCAGAAUAAGCCAUUCCAAGUGAUCGCUGCUAGACUUACUUUUAUCAACAAUUGUUUGACGUACGUGUUCCUGGUGAAGAGUUGCUCGAACCCUAUCUCCUCUACUUUCUAUAAAGAUGUCGGACUGUACCUCUCCUCUCACUCCAUAGCUCAGUCAGAUCCCCAACUCUUCAAAUCCACUCUACUGAACCCACGUGACUACCCGCUCUGUGAACCACUAAACAAGUUGUUCCUGGUAUCUAAAUACAACAAGAACUUGUGCACGUGGUUUACUGCUCAGCCUGCUUGGUAUACGUGUAACUUGGCUCACGAUAAGGUUAACGAAGUCCACGGUACAAAGACAAAACAGAGGAUGACACUGUCAGAGAUACAGAACAACGUGUCCCCUGUUUCCAGUACUGAGUUCUGUGUUUCCACAUUGGCUGGGGGCAUUCUUACUUCUCAGGCGGGUUUAUUCUACGUGUUGUCGAGUAUACGUGAUACACAGCUGGAGAUAUCAGCACUUAGACUGGUACAAACUGACACAUCUCAACAAACUCUUUGUCUGGUACUGUCAGGGUACUCGGCUAUUGGCAAAUGGUCAGAUAAACUAGGAGCUGUGGACAGGGAACUGGCUCUGCGAACCAACUCCAACAGUGUGCGAGCUGUACUGACUCAGCUGGAUAUAGACCAGUUCUCACUCACUAACACCAGAACAUCUGAUAAAACCAGACAGGAACUAGCCCGCUACUUUGGGUACAGAUUCCAGGACGCAGCUCCCCCCAGAACUUCUGAACCUACCUACCCUCUCGUCUUCGAACGGUCCUACGAUUACUUCUUCCUUCUGGUAUCACCCCUCAUUUCACCAUCUCUGUUGGGGGAGAUAUUAUCUGUUCUUCAGGAUAGUGGUGUUUCUUUGCUCGGCGUUAGAAGAAGUAGACUAAACUACAGGAAAUGUGUUGGACUGGGACUAUCUGAAUGUCAGACGAAAGUGUUCUCUAAGUUUAACGGAACUCCCCUCACCUCACCCUCACUAUCUAGUUCUAAUGGUUCUACUCCUGGAGAAGAAAGACAGUUCUUCCCUCAGAACUUUACAACGGACGCGUCCCCCUCACAACCCACCUUGGCUUCCACCGUCCUGUUCCUGUCCAAACGUAACGGUAUCUACCACUCCCGUCACCUGGUAAAGGAACUGAAAACACGGGUAGUUGAUGUUAACAUGAGUCAUACCUUGCAGACUUCCGAUACUUUUAAUAGCAGGGAACAGCUGUCAGAUCCCUAUCUGUAUUUUGAGAUAGUGCCGCAUUCUGAGAACAACCUGUGGAAUGUUGGUGGUCAGUUUGGUCUUAUGCCGGAGAGGAAAACAUUCGACUUCUUCAUGUCUCACAAACAGGACGUGAUAACAGAGAAAUGUGACUUAGAACAGAUAGUGUUCGUAGCUCUUAUCGGUAAAGAUGUGGCCGCUACAGCUGGGCGCGAGAUACACGCUUUCGUUCAUUUCUGUGACACGUUGGGAAUAGAGGUACCAGAGAAUGAGACAGGUCAGCUGGAACUGUUGGGAGUUAAACUCAUCAGUAAACUUAACUCCUUCCAAGCUAGAGAAGUUACUCAGUACGAAGUGGGUGAUCCACAUUGGAAGAGUGACAUUCAGUUCCUUCAGACAGUGCCCAUAAUCUCUCUGCUGUUCCGAGGAAUCAACGCUUUCCAAAUUAUCAAACAGCUCCUCUCCCGCUCCACCACGUGCACUACUCCCAGCAUCAGAUCACGUGACGAUACGCCUGCACGUGGGCGUGGAUCACGUGACCAUUGCAGCAGUAUCAUGUCAGAGACACCAGAACAUGCGUACAAGCUAGCCAGUCUGCUGUUCUUUGAGAAGGAACUGUACAGUGACGAGAUCAUGAGGCCUAAACAAUUACAUCUACCCCCACCCAGGACUCAUGUUAAUAGUAUCAUCAGCAAGGAGGGAAGACACCACUUAUCAGACCUACCUGACAGACUAGUCUACCAAUCAGAGGGGAUACUGAAGAGCAUGUUAGCUCCUCCCAGGCUACUCGCCUCUAUCUUAGUGACGUCACAAGUUAAUCAUUUUGGCAAGAUACUCAAGAGGUUGGAACAAGAAGAGUUUACAGUAGUAGGAGUACACCUAACACGUGACACGGACAGCAUUGUGUUCUGUGUACAAGCAGAGAACUGUAUCUACAAGCUGCUGCAGCUGGUUGGACCUAAAGAUCUUAAGGAGGCUAAAUCUUCCCAUCAGUUCUCGUUGAGGGCUUCUUUUGCUACACACUCCGACUCUUUUUAUGCGUCCCCGACUUAUAAUGACAGUGUCACUGAUGUAAAGAGAUAUUUCCCUGAUGGACUGUGUUGUGCCAACACUCUUGAUAUGCAGGCUGAGGGGAUUCCUCACUCCUACAUAGACGAGUUGGUGAAUACAGCGAGCGCUAGGAGAUACGUAUCCAGAUCAUAUCCCUUGAAGCCUCUCCUCCAGACGGUGUGUGUUGUGUUUCCUCCUGAUUUACUGAGACCCGCCAAACACAUGCGCCUAUCACCUGCUAGUCAACUCAUCACGAUGAUACAGAGUUGUCAGUUUGAGAUAGUGAAUGUGCGGCUGUUGACAAUACCCACACUCCAGAUACAACCCUUCAGAACUCUCUUUAAAGUGCACUACGAGUUGAGUCAGACUUUCGUUAACAGACCCUGUCUUUUAUUGGUGCUUCAAAGAGAAAACGCAGCCUCCUGCUUUUCACAAAUCUUGCAAGGAUAUUCGAACACCAACAACAGGAAACUUUUAGACUCUUACGAUCACAUGAUGCUGACGUCAACCAAUAAACAAACGUGCGAAAAUCAAAUCAAGUUCUUCUUCGACUUUUUACCUGACCGCUGUAAAGACCAAAUGGAGAUACAGUGAUGAAGAACUUCAAGAAUGUUGUUCGAUGAACAAUAUAGCGGCAACUUAUUGAUAGCUGACGAGCUUUGAAUAUUUGCCAAUCAGUGCGUUUGAAUACUGGUGGGGAUUUGAAUUAUAUUUUCUUGGACACAUUUCAUGACCACGAUUUAACUUUCACCCAAGACCACUGAUUUGUGUCAAAACAAUUAAUAUAGUUUGACUAGUUACCAAUAUUUAGAUGUAUGAUCGACUGAGCGCUCUUUCCUUGAUAUUAUGGAGAAUCAUUCGCCUUAAAUUUCUUAGUGUUUCAGGGGCCUCAGUUCCAAAUGAACAAAAAUGGUGUUAGUUGGCCCCGAAACCUGAUCGUAUAUAUUUAAAUUUUUGGAGCAUUGUUUAAGCUCAUCGAUCCUGAGACCUCGCAAGUGACCUACACUCGUAAUUCGUAUAUUCCUAGUUUUCUACAUUUUAUAGCUGUCUACGUGUAUAGAUUGUAGUAUUAUAUUUAGCUCAGUGCCAGUUUGUAACUUAUAUAAAUUUGUACAGAUGUUUGUAGAAACUUUUAUAUAUGAAAAUGUCGUUAACUAUUUAUUUUCAAUUUAUAAAGACAAUAGAUUUGCUUUUCAAGAAACUC